AUGGCCGACAAUAAAAUGGAAUAUGUUCGCCUCGGAAACUCCGGUCUAAAGAUCUCCAAGAUCAUCCUUGGAACAAUGGGCUAUGGCAGCAAGGAAUGGCAAGACUGGGUCCUGGACGAGGAAGACUCCCUGCCCCUGAUUGAGCAUGCCUACAAGCAUGGCAUCAACACCUGGGACACGGCGGACGUCUACUCCCACGGUAAAUCCGAAGAAGUCGUCGGAAAAGCCCUGAAGAAGUACAACAUCCCCCGCAACCGCGUGGUCAUCCUAACCAAGUGUUUCUUCGGCGUCGACGACGAGGGCAAAUUCCCACCCAUCGCCGCAUCCGCCACAAACGACGGCCCCUUCGUCAACCGCACUGGCUUGUCGCGCAAGCACAUCUUCGAUGCUGUCGAUGCCAGCGUGGAACGUCUGGGCACAUACAUCGAUGUACUGCAGAUCCACCGCCUGGACCGGGAUACUCCCCGCGAGGAGAUCAUGAAGGCGUUGAACGACGUCAUCGAGAGCGGGAAGGUUCGGUACAUUGGUGCUAGCUCGAUGGCCGCCUGGGAAUUCCAAUCCCUCCAAAACAUCGCCGACCGCAACGGCUGCCACAAAUUCAUCUGCAUGCAAAACUUCCACAACCUCCUCUUCCGCGAAGAAGAGCGCGAGAUGAUCCCCUACUGCCAAGACGCCGGAGUCGGCAUUAUCCCGUGGUCACCGAUUGCCCGCGGCGCUGGCGCGGCCCUGGGGCUCGCGCGAGACAGUGCUCGCGAGUCUGAGGCUGAUAAGGCUAUCAUCGACCGGGUUGAGGAAAUCGCCAAUAAGAAGGGCGUGAGCAUGGCUCAGAUUGCUAUCGCUUGGUCUUUGACUCACCCUGGCGAGAACCCUAUUCUUGGUCUUCACAGUGUGAAGCGGAUUGAUGAGGCUGUUGCUGCUAUUAAGGUUCAGCUGUCUCCUGAAGAGAUUAAGUAUCUCGAGGAGCCGUAUAUUCCUAAGGCUGUUACUGCUCUUGAGCGGUAA